AUGUGGUGUCGUCGGCAUCGCUCACAUGACUCGCCUUUGGUAUUAGUGGCGGCGACCCUGGCCUUUUUCUCGUGCCUUGCAUCCUCAGCCUGUAUACCAGAUGUGAGCAGUGGGUUAAUCUCGGACCCGGCCAUCCUGCAGGACGAGGCCAUCAUAGCAGCUUUUGCACAGGUCCAGCAGAACCUCUCCAGUUUGUUCACCAACACCACCAGCGAUGGACUCAGCUUUGGAGUGGCGCAUGCAUCCGGACCAGGCCUGGCCUUCGCAUUCAACCAUGGCCGCCUCAAAAUGAACGACUCAUCUAGUACGGACAGAAUCAGCAGCGACUCCGUCUUCCGCCUCGCGUCUGCGUCCAAGAACCUGGCCGCAUUCUCCGCCCUCGCCCUGCAGAAUGUCAGUCGCGCCAUGGCUGCAGCCAAUCCGAACAUCCAGCCCCUGAGCGUCGACACGCCCGUCCGCACGGUGCUUCCCUCUUUCCGCCUCCCGGAGGAAGAUUGGCUGAACGGAGGGAGCGAGAUCACGCUCUCAAUGCUGGGCACGCACAGCUCCGGCCUGACCAGGGAGGGCUACUCGACGACCGACUUCAACAUGGUGACUGCCUCGGGCCGAGCAUCCGCGGCGUACAUUGGUGCCGAGUGGGCCUCCGUCACGCCGGACGAUGUUGUGCAGUACCUCAGCGGGCGCAACUUGAUGUUUGCGCCGGGCCAAAGAGCGGCCUACUCGAACGCCGGCUUUGCCGUACUCGGCGCCGCUGUGGCCAGCUAUCGGAGCAGUCUGACGGGUACCAACGAGUCUUGGGCCGACUACGUCCAGAAUGACAUUUUCGGCCCGUUGGGCAUGACCCGAUCUUUUUUCGGGCCGCCUGCCCCGGAAAUGGCGGAAAAUCUCGCCGUCCCAGGAGUCGCCAACUGGGUCGACCUCGUCGUCGACGGAUACAAUCCCGCAGGGGGGAUGUGGUCUUCUGUAUCGGAUCUCGCCGCCUACCUCCACCAGGUCUGGCUGUCGCCCUCGCCGCAACUCAUCACCCCCACCCAGCGGCGCCAGUCCCUCCAACCUCGCAUCUCCCUCCCCGAUGGGAAGCAGCAGACCUACUACGUCUACGGCAAGUCCGGCGACGCCGCAGGCAACCACGCCUGGAUCGACGUCGUCCCGAACCUCGGCUACGGGCUCGUUAUCUUGUCUCAGGAGUCAGGCGAAGCAAAUCGAUCGAGGAUAUCCCCCUCCUCCGUCAGGGACUCCGUCCACGAGAUCCUCGUCCCGGCGUUCGAGGCCGCCCUGGCCAACCUCAUGACCCAGCGCUUCGCGGGGAACUACACCGUGGCCGUCGACUCGGGCCUGAUCGCCGACGAGGUCGCGACGACGAACCCCGCGGCGGGACCGGACGCGGGCCCGCAGUCCUACGCGCUUCUCGAGGUCGAGGGCGGGAACCUGUUCCUCCGCGCGCUCAUCGUCAACGGGACGGACGCCCUCGAGGGGCUCGACAGGCUGAACUGGAAGGCCAACGCGACGAGUGGGGGGUUGUUCUUCGGCGUGAAGGGCGUGGGGUCCGGGCUCAACCCCUCCGAGGCGGCGGGGGAUGCUGCGAAGCUGGGGGAGGGGGUGAGCAUUUGGAGGACGAUACCGGCGCUGGACGAGUGUGACUGGUUUGACUUUGGCGGGUAUACUGAUCAGAACGGGUGGCCGCUUAGCCAGGUCGCCCUGGUGGAGAAGGAUUGGGGUGGUGUUGAGCUGCAUUAUCCGCCUUUUGACAUCGUGUUGAUGAGGUCUGAGGCAUAA